CUGCCUCUCUCGAUUCGAAUCGGUAUAAAAGGCGAAUCCCGGAGGCGUGCCGGGGAUAGUCGUCGGUGAAAUUUCGCGGAACAUGAGAGGCUCGCUGGGAGGAACGAUAAUAUUGGCUACGUGUUUCGCAGCCUGCGUGGCAGUCUGCCGUCCCGGAUUGAACGGAAGGAAUGAUUGGUACCAAUGCGAGAGGUUGAACGAAAUAAGCGAAUCGGUAUUGCCAUUUGGCGCGGUCGGAUUGAAUAUCGUGGAAUCGAAUCUGAGCACGAUUCGGGCCGGCUCGUUCGCCAAACUUUCCGAAUCGUUGGAACAGUUGAACAUAACCGGAUGCGGCGUGGAAACGAUCGAGCCGGGGGCUUUCAGCGGUCUCGGCAAAUUAAAAGUAUUGGGUUUGGUUGAUAACAAGAUCCGAAGCAUCGACGCAUCUUGGAUCAGGGACGUGGCGAGGAGUCUGAAGGCGUUGAUCGUGUGGCGUAAUCGGAUCACCGACAUAGAUCCCCAAAUUUACGAUCUGUUGACCGAGUUGGAAGUUUGGGACAUCGCCCACAACGAGCUCUCCAAUUGUCUACAACCGGAAACGUUGAAGAAGCUGAAGAAACUUGGAACGAUCUUGAUCGCGGGCAACCCGUGGGCGUACAGAUGUCGCUUUUCCAUGACUUGGUAUCUGGGAAGGAAUCACAUACGUUUCAUCAGGGAUUGGGGCAUAACCGAUCUUCUGAUCGAGGAGUGUCUGGCUCACGAGCCAGGUGCGCAGCAAGAUGACGCGAUUCUGAACAAAUGCGUGGACAGGAAGAUCGCUUCCUCGGACUCGUUGCCUCAAAGCGUGGCCGGGUUGAACGAGCAAGUUCGAGAAUUGACCCGGAAACUUCACAGUUUAGAGGCUGACGUGGCCAGGUUGAAGAAGUCUGGGAUCUAAUUCCAUUCGUUCAAUUGUUUUUUUGAUAUCG